AGUAAUGUAAAACCGUUGACACGACAAACUGUAUUAUAGGAAAGAUAUAGAAAAAAAUGAAGAUUUAUUUUUGUGUUGAUGUUAUUUUAUUCGCUUUCGUACUCGUUCAAAGUGAAACCGAGCCCGAUUGGAGAACGCAACUGGAAGAUUGUCGAAAAGAACUGGAAGUGGUCGAAGAUCCAUUCGCGACACCUGAUUUCGACGAUCCUAAAACGAAAUGUUUGUUGGCGUGCUAUUUGAAGAAAAGCGAUCGCUUAAUAGAAGGUAAAGUAUCAGCCGAUACAGAAGUGGCAUUAAUUCUGAAAUACAUGCCGGAUAAAUUUGAAUUGGAUUAUCUCAAAGGAAUAGCGGAUGAAUGCGCGAAUAAAGCCAACGAAGAAAAAGACGACUGUGCCGUAGCUGGUGCUUUAUUCAAGUGCUUUUACAAAAAAUUUAGACCUCCCAGCACCUAAGCUAGACAAAUGAUUGAACAUUAAGAAUAGUGAUGUUGGCUGACAAUAUAAGGAGCUUCAUAAUUCUUCUAUUUUAUAUUAAUUUGUAGAACGCUGAAUAAAUUUGUUUGCAACACAAGCCAUUCUUAGACAUUAUUGCUUGUAACUGUCAGCGUUCAACUUACACGGUGUAAAAUGGCUGUUUCCUAUUCAAGCAUCUCAAUUUUUCAUUCAGUUCAUUAUCAAGGCAAGUUUACGCUGAAAAGUAUGAACUUUUUGAAUGCACCACUGAACCAAUGGCGUCCCAAUCAUCCAAGGCUUCGAUUCACGGCAUUAUCUGCGUAAUGGUGUAACAUUAAUCAUUCGAAAUAAUAAUGAAGUGAUAAUCAAUAUCUACGUUUUUAAUGCAGUAUACCCAGCGAAUAUAAUUAAAAACCUAUCUCCGACUUUGACACGCUUAUCGCAAUUUUUUAAUUACUGCAAGUACGAUUUUACAAGCAAAGAUUCGCAGCGAUUAGACAAAAUAGACUUUUGUUCGACUAUGCAUUACCAGUGUGGUGCUCUAAAUUAAGUAAUUCAAGUCUGAUGGAAAAUUGCUGGAAUAAUUUUAAUCAUAUUUCUUUUAUAAUAUCUUAUAAGCUGCUACUGCUGACAAGUACCCUGUGACUGAAUAAGCAAAUAGAAUAAAAUUAGCUGCAUCCUCUCGUGGCUGUGAUAAUAUGCCACAUGAACAAACCUUUAAGAAUGCAAGUGAAAAGCUUUCGAAAGCUUAAAAAUUUAUUCGUAUCUGACAAUCAAAUGACCAAAUGCAAAAUUAAUGAUCGCGUGUGAUGAGCAAUUCCGUUGAUAUCAAGAUUUUUAAUUUUAAUUUGAUUUCAGAACAUACACAAACAAUGAUGAAAAAUUGGUUGGUUCGUAGUAAUUAGUUAUUUCUAACUUUAAGAUUGGAUAAUUGUUACAUUUUAUUGCUUGCAGAGAUACCGGAAAUCCAUGAUUAUUUCAUACAGAAAAAAAUACAACAGAAAAUAAAUCUCUCCUGUUUUGCUAUUCAUAAAAUAAUUGUCAUAAUAACUUACUUUUAUUCAUUAUUGUUUAGUCUAGAAGGAUUGUUCUAGUUGAUGAAUAGAAGAGCGGUAGUCUUCAAAGACUCGAAAU